CAAUCAGAGACUGUGAAAUCGUCAUGGAUAUUGUAAUAACAAAUACAUUAGAUGCGAAACUGGAAUUUGAUGAGACAACAACUAUUAUUUACUCUAAUCAAAAAUACAACAAAAUAAAAUAAAAUGGCUAUCAAGAAAGUACAGAAAGCUUGGCGACAACUGAGAAUGUUAUUCUCCAAGAAACAAACAAGUAGCAAGGGAGUUGGAACUGAUUUGUCAAUCCCGGAGCACUGCCAAACUGAGAAUGUGUUCACUUUCGUAGUGCAGAAUAGGUUAGCAGAAGCAGUCGCUGAAAGAGAUACUUUGAGAACAGAGAAAGACCGUAUGGAAAAAGAUUUGGAGAUGGAACGACAGACAGUUGGCAGAGCUCAAAAGGAAAUAGAUGAACUGAAAAAAGAACUUACAUUGCUGAAAGACUUGGUUGAAAGUACCUUAAACAUUGCUUAUUUGAUUGAUGGGUCAGAUGGCGAUAAAGCGGAUAAACUGGAUCAUCAAAGCCCUGUAAUAUCUGACGCUGCAGCGAUAGCACCAGUACUUUUAUCAUAAUCAUAUAUUUGAACUAUUCAUGAAUACACAUGGCAGGGAUAAUAUGGCGUCCAGACAAAGUGUGCCAUGAGUGUCCUGUUGAUAGUUACACAUUUAAAUUCAAUGGACAUCUUAGCGCGAGUGCUACACAACUUAGACACAAGACAAUAGCACACAGGAACUAAUGAAUAUUUAUGAACAAAACUAAACUCACUCUAAAUAUGCAUUACAGAUCCGAAGAACAAACGAUGUCAUAUUUAAACAGCGCAACAUCUUAAUUAUUUGAACGAGAAUUGUAUAUUAAUUGUAUAUAUUGUAAAUAAAUUGUAUAUAUUGUAAAUAAAUUUCGAAAAA